UAGCUAGGAAAUGGCAACCAGAAGAACUCGAAGCAUGACAUGGUUUGUCUUGACCCUGUGGUUGUACACCAAGUUAAUAGAAAGUGAAGAAACUAAGAUAGUUGACAACAUGACGCUAAACCUCUCCCGUCUUCGAAAUAUUGCGUUUCUCCCAGAGUCCAACGAGAAGAGGAAAUCAUACCAUGUGAGUCCAGGUGUAGUAGACGCCGCUGUUGAAGAAGCGCGUAACAAACUUGAGACAGAGAACACACUACUUGUAAGGAUGAUGGAAAAAUAUCCUUCGUCUACAAAUGCCUUGUCAUCUGGAUGUCCUGCACUCAAUAGACAUCAUCGUCGAAUGACAGCGAAUCCUAAAAUUUCUGCAAUGGAGAACAUAACAAAAUUAUUGGAGUUCACGACUAUCGCAUUAGCCAACAGACUAGGUGUAGCUAACAAGGAUAUACCGAACCUGGAGUUGGAUGGAACAAAGCUCCAAAACAUUAAGGAGCAGGUGGUAGAGAGGUCAGCGGACACUAAAUGUGACAAAAGGACCAAGUUUCGUACGAUUGACGGAUCUUGUAAUAAUGUCAAACACCAUGACUGGGGGUCUGCAUUAAAUUGUAUGAACCGUAUUCUUCCACCUGACUACGCUGACGGUGUGUCCAAUCCCCGCAAAGCUUCUUCCGGAAACGAGCUUCCUAAUCCAAGGCUAGUGUCCACUACCAUUCAUUUCGAAAAAGACGUUCCAGCAGGAGACUUCACACAUCUUCUAAUGCAGUGGGGUCAUUUUCUUUCUCACGACAUUACUUUCACCCCUUCCCGUAGCUUUCCAAGAGGUGAUGUGGCUUUAGCUCUAAGAAAAAUAAUUGACUGCUGUGCACCAGAAGACCGCCACAACUCACAAUGUUUCCCUUUCGCCAUUCCACCUGACGAUCCUUUUUUCACACACUAUAAUAUCCGAUGUAUGGAUUUUAGAAGAUCUGCAAGAUGUCUGCGAUCAGGGCCUGGUCAACGAGAACAGAUCAACCAAAUUACAUCAUUUAUAGACGGUUCUCAAAUCUACGGGAGUUUCUUGAACAUAAGCCUAGCAAUAAGAACAUUUCAGAAUGGCCUACUGAAGACCCAGACAGACAAUCAAGGAGGAGAAAUUCUUCCUGGGUCACCUAAUGCUGAGUCAGAUUUCUGCAGCGAUGUGGCUAAUAAUAACAUUUGUUUUAUGGCAGGUGACAUUAGGGUUAACCAGCAACCAGGACUCACCUCCAUGCACAUCAUCUGGCUAAGGCAACACAACCGCCUGGCUCGUCAGUUGAAACAACUUAACCCUUCGUGGGAUGACGAGACACUGUAUCAGGAAGCAAGACGGAUUGUUGGUGCUCAGCUUCAAAUGAUCACUUAUAACGAGUUCCUGCCGGUUGUACUUGGUCCUCUAUUUUAUUUGACAUUCCACCUAAAGCCACUAAGUUCUGGUUACACUUCCUAUUUGAAGGAAAAAGACCCUACCAUCUUGAACGAGUUUUCGACGGCAGCUUUUCGUUUCGGCCAUACACUAAUUCAGAAUAAUUUUUCACAGAUAUAUUCGUCUAACAAUUCAAGCAAUAUGGAACUUCAAGAUAAUUUCUUCUUUCCUUUUGAACUGUAUUACGGGCAACUAGACUCAAUUUUGAGGGGUCUGAUGAAAGACAAAGGUCAAGAAUUUGACACAUUUUUUUCCAAUAGUGUUACGAAUCACCUGUUUAAGCGCCGAGGAGAAGAGCACGGAUUGGACAUAGCUGCUUUAAAUAUCCAAAGAGGGCGAGAUCACGGCUUACGUAGCUACGUGGAUUAUUUAGAAUACUGUUUCCUCAAACAUUUGACUAAGUUCCACCAUCUACAGCUUACCAUGACGAAGGAUGCACAAAACCAUUUCGAGAACCUUUACGAAAAAGUUGAAGACAUCGAUUUAUUUUCGGGAGGUGUCAACGAGCGCCCUCUAAACAAAGGAAUAGUAGGUCCAACGUUCGGCUGUAUUAUUGGUGUCCAGUUUGGUCUACUGAAGUUUGGCGAUCGCUAUUAUUUCGAGCAUGGAAAACAAUCUGGAUCUUUUACCCCUGACCAGCUGAGAGAAAUAAGAAAAACGACUUUGGCUAGAAUUCUCUGUGACAACAGCGAUGGAUUUCAAAGUAUUUCGAGAUUUCCCUUUCGACCAGAGAAUUUUGAAAGAAAUGAAGUCAUCAAUUGUAAUGACCUUCCCGAAAUCAACCUUGAACUCUGGUCCUAGGCCUUUUGGCACGGAUGUAACGACAACGAAUCAAUGUUCCAGUCUUUAUACAUAUUGUAAUGAUCAACUGUGGUGAAAGGAUUUUAAUACUUUAUACAUGAUUAUCUAUCUACAUACUACUAAAACUCUGAGAUUGUUUGUUUGUGUGCUUGUCUGUAAUUAAAUACAGCAUAAACAGCGCACAGUAGCGCCAUAUUU